AGCAGGGAGCGAGAAAAAGGCUGGGAAAGAGAGUGGCUGCGUGUUGCAAUCCGUGGCCUGCAUAAAGACCUUUGCUCAGCGAGGUGUCUGUGGAGUGGCGGCUCCGGGGGAGGAGAGAGCAGGGCCAGCUUUGAAAGGGGCAGCGAGGAGAGGCGGGCAGAGCCUGGAGUGAAGCUCCUGUGCUCUGCCAUCAGGGGCUUCCUCUUCGGUGCCAGGGGCACGGCCGCACGGACCCCCCACUCUCAGCCUCCAGAGACCUGCCAAGAGGGACGCCGGCCUUCCGAUCGGGGCGACCAUCUCGGGAAUGACCGGGGCCUCAGGAGAUGUCGGCGUGGCUGGUGGCCCCCGCUCCGGAUGCCGCUGCCAGCUGCACCCCUGGGGACUGGCUGCUGGGGCCCAAGUGGCCCUGGAAGGCUGAGGCCCAGGAUGCCUGCCGCCUGGCUCGCAAAAACCUCGGGGACGGUUCCGGCUCUUCUCUCCCUGACCCGGGCGGCUCGGCUGCGGGACCGGAGGGGGAGGAAUCUGUCUCCCUGCUCCCGGGCUCGGAAGCUCCUCCGGAGCUCACAGAGCUGCGGCCGCCCAAGCGCAAGAAGGGCCCGGCCCCCAAGAUGCUGGGGAACGAGCUGUGCAGCGUGUGUGGGGACAAGGCUUCCGGCUUCCACUACAACGUACUGAGCUGCGAGGGCUGCAAGGGCUUCUUCCGCCGCAGUGUCAUCAAAGGCGCCCGCUAUAGUUGCCACAGCGGGGGGCACUGCCCCAUGGACACCUACAUGCGCCGCAAAUGCCAGGAGUGUCGUCUGCGCAAGUGUCGCCAGGCAGGCAUGAGGGAGCAGUGCGUGCUGUCUGAGGAGCAGAUCCGCUUGAAGAAACUGAAGCGGCAAGAAGAGGAGCAGGCCCAGGCGGUGCCGCCGCCCCCGCAGGCCUCCUUGCCCGGCCCGGCCCUGCCUCAGCUCAGCCCCCAGCAGCUGGGAAUGAUCGAGAAGCUGGUGGCUGCUCAGCAGCUGUGCAACCGGCGAUCCUUCUCCGACCAGCUCCGUGUCACGCCCUGGCCCGUGGCCCCAGACCCCCAGAGCCGGGAGGCGAGGCAGCAGCGUUUUGCCCACUUCACGGAACUGGCGAUCGUCUCUGUGCAGGAGAUUGUGGACUUUGCCAAACAGCUGCCCGGCUUCCUGCAGCUCAGUCGUGAGGACCAGAUCGCGCUGCUCAAGACCUCCGCCAUCGAGGUGAUGCUCUUGGAGACGUCUCGGAGGUACAAUCCUGGCAGCGAGAGCAUCACCUUUCUCAAAGAUUUCAGUUACAACCGGGAUGAUUUUGCCAAAGCAGGCCUGCAAGUGGAGUUCAUUAACCCAAUCUUCGAGUUCUCCCGGGGCAUGAACGAACUACAUCUCAAUGAUGCUGAGUUUGCUCUGCUCAUUGCCAUCAGCAUCUUUUCUGCAGAUCGUCCCAAUGUCCAGGACCAGCCCCAGGUAGAACAGUUGCAACACACGUACGUGGAAGCCCUCCACGCUUACGUCUCUAUCCACCGCCCCCAGGACCCGCUGAUGUUCCCCCGGAUGCUGAUGAAGCUGGUCAGCUUGCGGACCCUAAGCAGCGUCCACUCGGAGCAGGUGUUCGCCCUCCGCCUGCAGGACAAGAAGCUGCCUCCGCUGCUCUCUGAGAUCUGGGAUGUGCACGACUGAACGGCCGACGACGACGCUAUUCACCCCUUCCUCCUCCUCCCUGGGGCGUGGGCCGCUGACCGGGGUGAGGGGGCAUGCUGUAGACUAGGACUGCGGCCUGCAAAGGGGAGGGCGGGUCAUCCUGCGAGAGAAACGUCGUAAUGGGGAAUUGAAGCAGCAGCAGUUCUGUUGAUUGACCCACCGGGUUUGGCUUCUCAGGGCCCGGCCUAACUGUGGUCAACUAACAGGCCACAUCCCCUUCCCGCCCUCUCCGCCGAGCCCGCACCAACCCUGCACCUCAAGAACGUCUGCUUUGGCUGAUUCAAACGACAACCACGCUGGCCAAGGCCCUAGUGUCAUUCCGGGAAUCCUAAGAGCCCAGCUGCCUCAAGGACGGGAGGCCAAAACCGAAUAUAAAAAUGAGACAAAUAACUCUGAUCUCUUCCAUGGUGGAGGCCGUGGAAGAACGUACGACUGUCCUGUCUGUCUCCCUUUGGAAAUGGGCAUAAAGGAGGGAGAUCUAGAGCGAAGUUUCUCCAGAGACACGAGAAAUCUCAAUUGCCUGGGCCGUAGAAUCCCGCACGAGCUGAAAUUCAGUGAUCCAUCCCAAGACAAGGUGGCACCCGGCCAGCGGGGAAGGAGGGAGGGCACGCGUGGUUGCCCUUGUGCGUUGUUGGUACCAUCAAUCAAUCAAUCAAUCGACGGUAUUUACUGAGCUUUUAUUGUGUGCAGAGCACUGUACUAAGUGCUCGGGAAAGUGCCAUACGAUAUACGGUGCGUGUUUGAAAGUGCCACCAUCUCUAAGCCUGCCGGGAGCUGUGGUUCGUCCCUUUUUACAUCCAUCGUCAUCAUCAUCAAUCGUAUUUAUUGAGCGCUUACU